CAGGGCGAGAGCUCUGGAUUCAGUACCUAGUAACGAGCAGGGGGGGGUUCCUAACCUUGAAUGGUGUGUAUACACGGGGCCUGGGUCUUAAAAAGCUGAUGAACACCCCCUGGGUGGAUGUUUCGGGGCAAAGGUACCUCCUGGUAGAGAUGUGACAAGGAGAGGAAGUUGGGGGAUUGUCCAGAGGGAUUAUUCAGAGUUCCUGCUGAGCAAUGACCAUCUUUUCACCUGUCUCGGGCCCCUUUGGGCAGAGGAGACAUGAGGGGAAGGUAGGAUUGGGUUUAGGUCACAAGGUUGGCCCACUGUUGGCUACAUUCGGCAUCUGGGACUUUGCUGCCCUGGAGAUUUCCAGAAGACAGCGCCUCACAUCCUGUGCAGGGCAAACAGGCGCCCAAGUCCCUUCAGUAGCAUUUGCCUGAUUUUGCCACAGGACUUUGGAUGAGUCACUAUUAUCCCAGGGGGAUUUCCUUGGGUCCUUCUGCCUGGUGUGUUGGUACCAGCAAGCAAUACAGAGCGGGAUGCCCUCUUGUUCUUGGCUUAACGGGCAAGGCCUGCGCUCCCUAGGUUGGGGGAGAAUCUCGUGUCCCUGGGGGAUUUCUCUUUUCUCCAGGGGGGGAGCCUUUCCUCAGUUUCUCUGUAAAAUGGAUCCGCCAUCAAGGUCCAAAGGCGGCAGAAGAAGCCUUCGGUUGCUCAUCCUCCUUAGGCAAUGACACGGGGUGUGACUUGCCUUGACCAUCAUACACCCGUUGGGGAAGAAGCUAGUUAAUUCUUCAGGGAAGGCCCCGGAAGUUCAUGGACAAGAAGGGGCGGAGACUUCCUACAGGCUUCUCCGGCAUGGUUGGGACCCCUCUCUCUGCCCCCAGUCCUCCUGAUGCUUGGUCCUAAAGCCUGGCCUCCCUCCCUCCGGCCAUGGUGGCCAAGUCCUUCCCCGCCCAGCCCGACGUUUAGUUGUGUCCCAACUGCUGUGGCCACAAGGAGGCGCCACCUCCCCCGGACACCAGAGGAUGGGCUUGGAUGCCCGGCCCUGGGGUGUAUUCCCAGGCUGGCAUGCGGGCGGGCACACCCUAGUUAUAGGCCCAGCCUUAGUGGAAGGGGCUGAGGACCCGAGGGAGCUGGGCCGGGGGCAGGGCCCUAGAACGCGCCCCCUUUGUGAGGCGGCCGAGGGCACGUUCCGUGACUCCUGGGAGGAGGGGCUGCAGGUCGGAGUCCUGGGGAGGCUCGCCGCCAUGCUGGGGUCCCCACACCUUCGGACGGGGCUCGGGCUCUUCGCGCUCUCCUUUGUCCUGGUAGCUGCACACCCUCAGCCUGAGCUGCAGAGGUAUCGGCACGCCUUCGUUCCCGAAGAGCCCGACAUCAUGGAGCUCCCCAACGGCCUAAUGGAUGAUUACGGGAUCCUUCCCAAGCACCCGAGGCUUCGAGUUGCCCACCCCUUCCUCUCCAGAGCCCAGAAGCGCAAGCGCGACGGGCCAGAUUUGUCCGAGUAUUACUAUGACGCCCACCCGUGAUGAGACCCUAUAAAGUUCUUGUCUGCACUG